AGGCGCGAAAUGUCAAUUCCAUGGAAAACUUAACCUCACAAUAGUGUGAAUGUAAACAAAAUUUGUGAUCGUCUGUAAGUGUAUCGUUUUAAAAUGUUUGUUAGAACACGACCGGCUUGUUGUCCGGAUUCGUUUCCGUUUCCAUUCACACCUUAUUCUAUCCAAGACCAAUUUAUGCGGGCAUUGUAUUCAGUCAUUGAAAAUCACAAAAUUGGUAUAUUUGAAUCGCCCACCGGCACUGGAAAAACACUGACUUUGAUGUGCAGUGCUCUCAAGUGGCUAUCAGAUCACGAUGAACUCAACCGGGUGGACUUGAUGGAAAAAAUCCGUGAAAUGGAGAAGAAUAUCAAAGCCAACGAAUUGGAAAAUGCCAAAAGCAAUGAUUGGUUGAGCGGUCAAUAUGAUUUACUACAGCAAAAAAAGCAGUUGAAUACGCUUUUGGAGCAAUUGAAGGCAAUGGACGAAUAUGAUCAAAAAGUCACUGAAAUGCGAAAAAAGUGGAAGAAUCAACAGAAGGCACAGUCAGUUAGGAAGUUCAAAGAGGCACACGCAAACGAACUCCUAGAAAACACCAAGAAUGAGGCCAAGCCGGUUGAUAAUGAUGAUGAAUUGGUGAUCGAAGACAAGGACGAUGAAGAUGAACAAGAUGACAUUGAAGAUGUGAUUGAAAAUCAGUUUCACAAUACGAAAAUUUAUUUCUGUAGCCGAACACAUUCGCAAUUAUCACAAGUGGUGAACGAACUGAAAAAGACCGUUUAUGGUAACGCCAUUCGAAUCAUUCAAUUGGCAUCACGUCAACAGCUCUGUAUCAAUCCCGAAGUGAGAGCAUUAAAAUCAAAUGCCUUGAUCAAUGAACGCUGCCUGGAAAUGAAGAAAGGAAAAUCAAAACAAACCUGUUGCCAAUCGACACACACGGAUCAAGAAGGUCGUGCCACAAAGAAAUCGAAAAUUGUGAAAACGAAAAGCACUUCAUGCCCAUUCUAUGCUCAAGCAUCCAUUGAAAAUGUAUCGCGUGCCGCACUCUAUAAUACUGAAUCGAUUAUGGAUAUUGAGGACUUGAUUCAAACGGCUAAAACUGAAAAAGGAUGCCCAUAUUAUGCAGCCCGAGCGGCAGCAAAAGAUGCACAGGUUGUAAUGCUGCCGUAUCAAAUGCUGUUGCAUCGAAAAACUCGCGAACAAUUGGACAUUCAGAUCAAAGAUAGCGUUAUCAUCAUAGAUGAAGCCCAUAAUCUGAUCGAUACGAUCGCCAGCAUUCACAGUGCUGAAAUCACUGCUGACCAAUUGCAACGCGUACAUAAACAGUUGAUUGCCUACAAAACGAAAUAUCUCGAUAGAUUCAGUACAAAAAACCUGCUCCGUUUAAAUCAAUUGAUUUCUGUGGCCAAUCGAUUCAUGAAAUUGAUUAUGAAAUCACCAAAUGAAUCAUCGAAAUCAACUCAAGCCGAGCUGCAGGCUGAAUUCUCAUCUGAAAUGGUGCUUACACAUGAUCUCCUCGAUGAAGUGAACAUUUCAUACGGAAAUUUGUUCGAAAUCAUUAAAUUUUGUGAAGAAACCCGCUUAGCCCAAAAAAUUGGUGGAUUUGCCUUGCGGUACGCUAAUUUGGAUGUGAAGCCAGCUGUGUCUGCACCACAAGAACCCCCCCAUUUGUCGUAUCUUCAACAGCUCUCCGAUAAACGAUCGAAUAAGCCAAAAUCAAAGGCAAUUGAAGAUGUACCAGUUGAGCCAAAAAAACCAGAUGACAACACAAAUCGGCUGGGGUCAGCAUCUGUGAUUCGUUUAUUUCUAAGUUUUCUCGAAACGUUACUGGAAAAGUCAACCGAUGGCCGCAUCUUAUUGUCAAAACAUCGUACCAUUCAAUCAAAGUCAUUCAUCAAGUAUUUGCUAUUGAAUGCAAGCGAACCAUUUGCAGCACUGCUGAAUGAAUGCCGGUCGAUUAUUGUGGCUGGUGGAACGAUGCAGCCGACAACUGAAUUCACGACGCAGCUUUUCGAAAACUUCAAAGAACGAACCGAAGAACACUUCUAUGGACAUGUCGUUGCCGCUGAAGCCAUUUUACCAAUUGUCGUCAAUAAGGGACCUAGAAACUCACCAUUUUUAUUCAACUAUGCAAAUCGAGGAAAUAACGAAAUGAUGUCUGACCUGGCAAUGGCAAUUCAGAACAUUUGCAACGUGGUUCCAGCCGGUAUUGUCUGUUUCUUUACCUCGUAUCUUCACCUGGACAACUUUUACAAUCACCUGGUUCAGUCAAAGGCAAUCGAAAAGAUACAGCAAAAGAAGAAACUAUUCAAAGAGCCGCGAUCGGGUGGUCAACAAACGGAAAAAAUUCUGUCGGACUAUGCAAAAGCGGUGAAAGCAGGCACCAAGUGCAUGGAAGCAGGAGCACAAACAGGCGCAUUAUUGAUGAGCGUCGUAGGUGGAAAGCUGAGUGAAGGUUUGAACUUCUCAGAUGAUUUGGGACGUUGCGUUUGUGUCGUUGGAUUGCCAUUUCCCAACAAAAACAAUCCAGAACUCGCUGAAAAGAUGAAAUAUUUGGAUAAAGUUUGCGCUGAGAAAAGAAUGGAUUCAAGUGUAGCAUUUUCAAGUAGCGAAUACUAUGAAAAUUUGUGCAUGAAAGCCGUGAAUCAAUGUAUUGGUCGAGCAAUUCGGCACAUCAAUGACUAUGCAACUGUCCUAUUGAUUGAUGAGCGUUAUCAACAAGAGCGUAUCAAGAGAAAACUUCCCAAUUGGAUACAAAUUUCAUUGCGAGCACCAAACAAUUAUGGCGGUGUGCAGGGCUCACUUGUUAAGUUCUUCAAGGAGAAAAAGAAUAAAUAAUUCCUGUCGCUUGAUUUAAUCAAUUUUAUGAUAAAUACUCAGUAUAUAUGUACCCUAUACCGUCUUUUUAUGUAAACCAGACAAAUAAAACGCAAAUAGAUUUAUUUUUAUCCAGUAAAUUAUGGCUUUUGGGCAUCUUUAUUACAAUUUAGAAUAAUAAGUAAGGAAAACGUACUGAAUUUCAUGUUUCAAAUGCAAAAAGACAUUGUUUGUUGACUUAGCCGCUAUAUUUUUUUUCAUUAUAAUUGUACAAAUAGAAAAAUUUCGCUCAGAUGUAUCAAAAUCAAGUUUUGAUACACCAACAGCGCUUCCGUCUCAUUAUUAUUUUCUGUAACACAUCUGCAAAGAAUAUCUAAAAAAAAAAUGUAAACAAAUUAAUAUCAAUUUUAGUGUUUUGUUUCAGUGAAUUUUAAUCUUAUCGUAUAUAAUAAAACCAUAGUUUUGUCGAUCCAAUUUUUAAGUUUGAUACAAUCUUCAUUUUUUGUAUAAAUUUCACAUCAACAUCAACGUAAAUAAAAUUUCAAGUUUUCUUUUGUUCUUGUUGGAGACAAA